CUUUAAUUUCAGCAAUUUAAUUUCUGCAUUUUUUUUGCAUCCCCAAGCUUGUCGGCCGUGUCCGCUUGUUGGUGGCGUGCACUUUUUAUUUUAUUUCUUAAUAAUCCCCAGACUGUCGGCACAGCUGCAUCUUGGCGGAGACUGUAUUUAUUACUGUAGUUAUUUUUUUUCCUUCCUCUCAAAUCACCAUAUCUGUCGGCCCUGCCGCAUCCUGGUGAAUUACUGUAUAUAUUAAUACUGCUUUAAGGGCUCACUAGUCUCGGUUUAUACCAAUUGACUACGUGCGAACCUUAAUUAAUUAAUUACACAUUUUUUUUUCUUUUCAUCUCUCUCUCUCUCUCUUCCCAAUCCCGAUUCCCAUCUGCUUAUGCUUACACGUUCACGUGGUGCAAAUUGUGAAUUGUUAUUCUUCUCUGACAUUGAAAAGCACAUACGUGAACAGAAAAAAAAUAAAAAAAAUGUCAAACGAUGUUGUUGUAAAUGAGCAGGAACCAGAUCAACAAAUCGUGGAUCAGGUUACAAGGACCAGGAAACCGUUGUAUGAUUAUGUUACGCCUCCCGUGGAUGAGCAUGACAGUGUUAUUCCACCGGAGGUUAACAUGAACCAAUUUGAAAUCAAGCCUGCUAUCAUCCACAUGGUUUCAAAUGAUCGAUUUGGCGGAGCGCCAACGGAGGAUCCAAAUAAUCACAUCACAAAGUUCCUUCGAGCUUGCAACACCUUCAAAAUCAAUGGUGUGCCAUCUGAUGCUGUCAGACUACGCCUAUUCCCAUUCUCUCUACGGGAUCGAGCUCAGAGUUGGCUUGACUCUUUUCCAGACAAUCACUUCUCCACUUGGGAUCAACUUCAUGGUGAAUUUCUCAAAAGAUUUUUUCC